CCUCUGCCUCGCUUUAUGAUGUCAAAGAACGAUGGUGAGAUACGAUUUGGGAACCUGGCUGAGCUGCAUGGAACUAAGGUUCAAAUUCCAUAUUUAACCACGGAAAAAAAUUCUUUCAAAAGAAUGGACGAUGAGGAUAAACAGGAAACACAGUCUCCCACGAUGUCACCCCUCGCCUCCCCUCCUUCUUCCCCGCCUCAUUACCAGAGGGUGCCCUUGAGCCAUGGCUACAGCAAACUGCGGAGCGGCACAGAACAGAUGCAUCCAGCUCCUUAUGAAGCGAGACAACCCCUUGUCCAACCAGAGGGACCCUCAUCAGGGGGCCCAGGAGCCAAGCCCCUUCGGCAUCAGGCUUCACUUAUCCGGUCCUUUUCAGUGGAGAGAGAACUGCAGGAUAAUAACAGUAAUUACCUGGACGAGCCCUGGAGGAUAACAGAAGAACAGCGCGAGUACUAUGUCAAUCAGUUCCGUUCCCUUCAGCCGGACCCCAGUUCCUUCAUUUCAGGUUCUGUAGCCAAGAACUUCUUCACCAAAUCAAAGCUUUCCAUUCCAGAACUCUCCUAUAUAUGGGAACUUAGUGAUGCUGACUGCGAUGGAGCCCUGACCCUGCCUGAGUUCUGUGCUGCGUUUCAUCUCAUUGUGGCCCGGAAGAACGGCUACCCGCUACCUGAGGGUCUGCCUCCAACUCUGCAGCCAGAGUACCUGCAAGCAGCUUUUCCUAAGCCCAAGUGGGAGUGUGCAUUAUUUGAUUCUUAUUCUGGGUCAAUGCCGGCAAACCAACAACCCCGUGACUUGAAUCGGAUGGAGAAGACAUCUGUUAAAGACAUGGCUGACUUUCCUGUCCCUACCCAAGAUGUGACUGGUGAUGACAAACAAGCUUUGAAAAGUACUGUCAAUGAAGUCUUACCAAAGGAUGUGUCCGAGGACCCAGCAACUCCUAAGGAUUCCAACAGUCUCAAAGCAAGACCAAGAUCCAGAUCUUACUCUAGCACCUCCAUAGAAGAGGCCAUGAAAAGGGGCGAGGACCCUCCCACCCCGCCACCGCGGCCACAGAAAACCCAUUCCAGAGCCUCCUCCUUGGAUCUGAACAAAGUCUUCCAGCCCAGUGUGCCAGCUACUAAGUCAGGAUUAUUACCCCCACCACCUGCACUCCCUCCGAGACCUUGUCCAUCACAGAUUUCCUAUCACAGUGUAAACAGUGAGCUCAGCACUCAGCCCAAGCUUCCAGCUCAGCUGCCUAACUAUGGAGAUUUCAGACUACAGGAACAGUCUGAACAAGCUUCCGAGGCUGCGUUACUCCCACAGCUGAACAGAGCCCCUUCCCAGGCUGCAGAAAGUAGUCCAGCGAAGAAGGACAUACCAUAUUCUCAGCCCCCAUCAAAGCCCAUUCGUAGGAAAUUCAGACCAGAAAAUCAAGCUACAGAAAACCAAGAGCCUUCUACCACUGUAGGUGGGCCAGCUUCAGUAGCUACUGUGAAACCCCAUCCGACAGUCCAAAA